GGGAGGGCAGAGGAGGAGAGAGCCUGGCAGCGGAGGAGCAGAGGCGGGCGCCGCACCGCCCCGCACGCUCGCUCGCUCGGGAGACUCGCGAGCGGCCGCUUGGGCGCACUUGCCGGGUCACCUUGUCCCGGAGGAGAAAUGGGUUCCCUGAGACAAGUGUAACCUACAUGCCCAGCCCGCCAGCCUGACACCCAGCCGGGGAGAGAGGACCAUGGAUGGCAUCAUUGAACAGAAGAGCAUGCUGGUGCACAGUAAAAUCAGUGAUGCUGGCAAGAGGAAUGGUUUAAUUAACACCAGAAACUUGAUGGCCGAGAGCAGAGAUGGUCUGGUGUCUGUUUACCCAGCGCCCCAGUACCAGAGCCACCGGGUGGGGGCCAGCACAGUGCCGGCCAGCCUGGACAGCAGCAGGAGUGAGCCAGUGCAGCAGCUGCUGGACCCCAACACCCUGCAGCAGUCGGUGGAGUCCCGCUACCGGCCCAACAUCAUCCUCUAUUCAGAGGGCGUGCUGCGCUCCUGGGGGGAUGGUGUGGCUGCCGACUGCUGCGAGACCACCUUCAUCGAGGACCGGUCGCCCACCAAAGACAGCCUCGAGUACCCCGAUGGGAAGUUCAUCGACCUCUCAGCUGAUGACAUAAAAAUCCACACCCUGUCCUACGACGUGGAGGAGGAGGAGGAGUUCCAGGAGCUGGAGAGCGACUACUCGAGUGACACAGAGAGUGAGGACAAUUUCCUCAUGAUGCCCCCGCGAGACCACCUGGGCCUCAGUGUCUUCUCCAUGCUCUGCUGCUUCUGGCCUCUGGGCAUCGCAGCCUUCUACUUGUCCCAUGAGACCCUGCUUCCUCCAGAGCUGCUGUGGAGACCAGAAUCUGGGAGCCUGGGCUGGAGUUUGUCAAGCUGGUGGUGAUGGGAAGAGCCACAGACCCCAGGCAGUGGACUGAUGUGGCCUGCAUAAAGUUGCCCAUUGGAAAGGCCAGGACAGAGCAAGCAGUUCGUGAGCUUGAAAGACAGCAAGGCUGAGGGACACUGAGACACAGGAGGUGAGUCUGAUAUUUCUCCCUCUGGAAGCAAAAGCAUCAACUGAGAGUCACCUCAGCAUGCAAGAAUCAGAGCAGCACCUUAGCCCCUCCAUAGCUUUGGUGCCCUCAUCAGAAAGCAUAGAAGACUGCCUUUCCUCCUAGGACUCAAGGAGGUCAAAACUGCAGCAUAGAGGUGCAUUCUGGUCCACACCACCUCACAUCGAAUGACAAUUUGGGUUAUAUAAUAAGCUGACAUCAAUCGUUUUUUCAGAGUGCAACCUGUGUUAGCCAAAUUGGAACCCAUGUUAAAGAGGGUAAUAACAUUCUCACCAGGACAGCCCUGUUUUGAGUGCGGCAGGGGCCUGUUUGGGUGUCAGCGGCAAGCCUUCCCUGGCCACAGCUCCAGUUCUCUAUUGAGCCAAGAAAUGCGCUGCUGCAGACAGGCACUGUGCAGGGUAUGGAGUGGAGGGCUUGCCACCAUGCACUCACGAAACAAGAACGGCAGCAAGGGCAAAGUGCUUUAGAUGCACAAUUGCACCUAAUUCCCACAGCAGCUCCAUGAAAUUAGUACUAGUAUUAUCACCAUUUUACAGAUGAUAAAUUUUACAAAUUGGAAUCCAGGUCUGUACAAAUCAGGUUCUGUGCUGUUUUAAAAUCCUUCAGAUAUACCCAGAGCCACUGUUUCACAGCAAGUUUACAGUGAGUUUUAUUUCAUCUUCAAGAGAAUCCUGAAAUAGGCAAAUUCUAUUGUACCCAGCAAGUGAGGAAGUCAGUGCCCAGCAAGGUUGUUUAAGGUAUUCAGGAUCACACAGCAGGUUCGUUACACGCCAGGACUGGGAGGGGCCCACAGUGGAUGAAACUGUGAGGAAAUCCACAAGCACCUCUAUGUGUUCAGGAUCGGCUCCGACAGAUUCUAGUCCAAUCUCAUUCAUGACCUCAUUUGCUUUUCAGUUUAACACUGCUUGGUUUUGGCUUACUAUUUUUCCCAUGGAAACAUUUUUUAAUUAUGUCUUAUCAGUUAUUCUCCAUUUAUCCCUCCAACAAAAGGUCAGUUUUGUGAUUUUAAAAUUUACACUAUGUAGACCUUUAUCUUUCAUCAUACGCAAAAAGCAACACACAAUGAGUUUAAAUAAGACCAAAAACUGUAAAACUACUAAAGAAAACCUAGGGAAAUCUCUCCUAGAUAUUGGUCUAGGCGAAAAAUUAAUGACUAGGACCUCAAAAGCACAGGCAACCAAAACAAAAAUAGACAAGCAGGACUUAAUUAAACAAAAAAUCUUCUGCACAGCAAAAGAAAUAAUCAACAGAGUAAAGAUACAACUUGCAGAAAGGAAUAAAAUAUUUGCAAACUAUACAUCUCACAAGGGAUUAAUAUCCAGAAUAUACAGGAAAUUCAAACAACAGGAAAAAAACCUCCAAAUAAUCCCAUUAAAAAGUGGGCAAAGGAUUUGGAUAGAUUUCUCAAAAUAAGACCAACUGCUAACAGAUGUAUGAAAAAAUGCUGAACACCACUAAUCAUCAGAAAAAUGCAAAUCAAAAUCACAAUGAGAUAUCAUCAUCUUACCCCAGUCAGAAUGGCUAUUAUUAAAAAGACAAAAUAACAGAUGUUGCUAAGUAUGCAGAGAAAUGGGAACUCUUAUAUACUGUUGGUGAGAAUGCAAACUAGUACAACCAUUAUAGAAAGCAGUAUGGAGAUUUCUCUAAAAAUUAAAAAUAGAAUACCUUUGACCCAGCAAUCCCACUACUGGGUAUCUACCCAAAGAAAAAGGAAUAAUUAUAUCAAAUAAAUACCUACACCCUCAUAGUUACUGAAGCAUUGUUCACAAUGGCAAAAAUAUGGAAUCAAACUAAGUGCCAAUCAGUGGACAAAUGGAUAAAGAAAAUGUGGUAUAGAUACACAAUGGAAUAUGAUUUGGCCAUAACAAAGAAUGGAAUAAUGCAAUUUUCAGCAUCAUGGAUGGAACUGGAGAUUAUUAAGUGAAAUAAGCCAAGUACAAAAAGGCAAAUACUACCUGCUCUCACUUAUACACAUGAGAGCUAAAAAGUCUGAUCACAUGGAGGUAGAGAGUGGAAAGGUAGAUAACAGAGACUGGGAAGAGUGAGUAGCUGGGGGAGGAUGAAGAGAAGUGGGUUACAGGGUACAAAUGUACAGUUAGGUAGAGGGAAUACAUUCAAUGGUUGGUAACAGUGUAGGGUGACUAUAGUUAAACAAAACUCUAUUAUAUUCAGAAGAUGGACACCUUAAAUACCCUGACUUUGUCACUACACAUUGUAUACAUCUAACACAAUUUCAGAGGUAUCUCACAAAUUUGUACAAAUUUUUAAAAAGUUAUGCUACAGUAUACAGUCAUUUGUUGGAAGAAUCAAGUAAUUUCUUUCAUAUGUCUUCACAAAAACUAUCGAGCUUUCCACAUAUGUGAUAUAUUAUUAUACAUUUUUGAAAGUUAGAAAAAAGGAAAAGAGACUGGAAGAAAAUUACCCCCUCUGUAGGCAAUGGGUGGUUUUUCUCUUCCUUCCUGAAUGUGUCUUUGUUUUAGCACCGUUAAUGUGAAGGGGAUUGUCAAAUCUUUCCUAGUUUGAAAAUAACAGUCAGAAUAGAAACAUAAAUGUAUAGCUUAACAAAUUAUUUUAAAGCAAGUGGCCAAGUCACCAUCACCCAGGUCAGGAAUGUCCCUGGAACCCCCAGGGUAGAAGGACUAGCACCUUCCAGCCAUCCUUCCUCCUUAUCGCUGUCUUUCCUCCCCACCCGAUGACCACUGGAAUGACCUCCACAGGACACAGUUUUCUGGCACAUUUUUAUUAUUUUACCACCUAAGUUUGAGUUCCUCAACCUUCAUGUCUUCAUCUUUCUUUUUUUUUUUUUUUUUUUUUUGAGAUGGAGUUUUGCUCUUGUCGCCUAGACCAGAGUGCAAUGGUGCAAUGGCGUGAUCUCAGCUCACUGCAACCUCCACCUCCCAGGUUCAAGCAAGUCUCCUGUCUCAGCCUCCUGAGUAGCUGGGAUUACAGGUGCCUGCCACCACUCCUGGCUAAUUUUUAUAUUCUUAAUAAAGAUGGAGUAUCACCGUGUUGGCCAAGCUGGUCUUGAACUCCUGACCUCAGGCUAUCCGCCUGCCUCGGCCUCCCAAAGUGCUAGGAUUACAGGUAUGAGCCACCACGCCCAGCCCAUGUCUUCAUCUUUCCUUACUGCACUUGCAAAAGCCACAUUGCAUCUGAAUGGCACUCUUAUCUUGUCUCAAUGGAAAAAUUUCCAACAUUUCACUGUUAAGUAGGAUCUUUAGAUAACUCAUUUUUAAAUCAUUAAUGGGUGUUGGAUUUACCAAAAGCUUUUUGUGCAAAUGAAAAACAAUUAUAUGAAUAUUUUCCUUUAAUCUACUAAUAUAAAUUACAUUGACUGAUUUGAAAUGUUAAA